AUGAAAAAAAAAAUGUUUUCAAUAAUCAAACCAUCAAUGCGCGAGCUCGGCAUGUGGGCCGAUAAUCUGCAGCACGCCGCUUGCGGUACUAGAGUAGUAUCUCAUCAGUUGAAUCAAAGGAGAUGGCCGCAGACCAAAAUCAUUGGAGGCUCGACUACUCCAUACGGAGCAUAUCCUUGGCAGGUCGAAUUACAAGCAUACAAAGAUGGAUGGGAACAUCACUGCGGAGGAGCAUUAAUUUCCGAAACUAUAGCCUUAACGGCCGCCCAUUGCUUGAAAGACUUUAAAAAAUCCCAACUGCGUAUUAUUGUUGGUAAACAUAAUUUAGCAAAAAAUGAUAAACAUGAAAAAACAUAUAGAGUACAAAAGGCAUUAGUACAUCCUGAAUUUAGAAAAGACGGACCACAUAGCCACGACAUAGCGGUAUUAAAAAUUAAUUCAUUGAACAGUAAAGGAGUAAAAUUUGAUUCGCAUGUGCAACCAAUUUGUUUGCCGGAUUACUAUACGAAACCCAACGACGUAGAUUGGUGUACCGUAACCGGUUGGGGAGCACAAAAACAAGACGAUAUGACCAGUUUGUCCAAAGUGUUGCAAGCUGCGUCAGUACCCCUGCUGGAUUUGGAAACCUGCCGACACGAAGAUGUAUAUGGAGGUCGACACCAGUUCAUAUUGGACAGUAUGUUAUGUGCGGGAAGUUUAGAAGGAGGAGUAGACGCUUGUGGAGGCGAUUCUGGAGGACCACUGGCCUGUCAAGCAAAUGGAAAAUUUAUAUUGACAGGUGUGGUAUCGUGGGGCGAUGGAUGCGGCAAAAAAAAUAGACCUGGUGUGUAUACCCGUGUGUCAUAUUACACAGAAUGGUUAAAAAAAGUUAUGACAGAAUUAGAGAACAGUUGA